CCACGCUGGCGCAUCUUCUCCCAUCCCCGGCGAUGUACAGCAUGCUGGAGGGCGAGCUGAAGCCCCCGCAGCCCAACCCCGGGGGCGGCUCGGCCGGGAACGGCGUCCCGGGUGGCGCCGGCAAAGGGGUCGGCGGCGGAGGAGGAGGCGGCGGAGGAGGCGGCGGCGGCGGCAACGGCGCGACGGACCAAGACCGGGUGAAGAGGCCCAUGAACGCCUUCAUGGUGUGGUCGCGGGGCCAGCGGCGCAAGAUGGCCCAGGAGAACCCCAAGAUGCACAACUCGGAGAUCUCCAAGCGCCUGGGCGCCGACUGGAAGCUGCUGAGCGACUCGGAGAAGCGGCCCUUCAUCGACGAGGCCAAGCGGCUGCGCGCCGUCCACAUGAAGGAGUACCCGGAUUAUAAAUACCGGCCCCGUCGGAAGACGAAGACGCUGCUCAAGAAGGACAAGUACUCCCUGCCGGGGAACCUGCUGGCGGCGGGAGGCGCCGGCGGCGGGGCGGUGAGUAGCCCCGUCGGGGUGGGCCAGCGCCUGGACUCGUACGCCCACAUGAACGGCUGGCCCAACGGCGCGUACGCCUCCCUGAUGCCCGAGCAGCUGGGCUACGGCCAGCACCCGGCCAUGGGCAACGCGCAGCUCCAGCCCAUGCACCGCUACGACGUGAGCGGCCUGCAGUACAGCCCCAUCAUGUCGAGCGCCCAGCCCUACAUGAGCGCCGCCGCCUCCACCUACACCAUGGCCGCCGCCGCCUACGGGCAGCAGCCGUCGGGCCACUCCAUGAGCCUGGGGACCAUGGGCUCGGUGGUGAAGUCCGAGCCCAGCUCGCCGCCCCCGGCCAUCGCCUCGCACUCCCAGCGGGCCUGCCUGGGAGACUUGCGGGAUAUGAUCAGCAUGUACCUGCCCCCCGGGGGAGACGCGGCCGACCCGUCGACGCUCCAGGGGCCUCGGCUACACAGCGUCCACCAACACUAUCAGAGCGCCGGGACUUCGGUGAACGGCACCGUGCCGCUGACUCAUAUCUAGCCGGGCCCCCCUCGGGU